GUACAGGUAUAGUGUUGUUGGGCCCUGCUGGAUGGUAUCUCAAUCAGGCGGGCCGCAGGUUGGGCUGCCCUGGACCCCUGCGGUCGCGGUGGUGGGGAGGAUCGAGCAUACGGGCAGGCAAGAGGCCUUCGGCCGAAGGAGCCGUCACAACUCAAUCUAGUUCCUCGGAGGCUGCGAGACCGAGCGUACGUCUGCUCUGUACUUAUAUUUCAUGUUGUUGUUGUUUACUCCACCACAAACUUAAUCUCCAAUCAUUCAUUCAAAUCCCAUUGCGAAGUAUGACCGAGUAAUUUUACUUAAACACAGAACAAUAAUUGAAACGCGAACUGUGAGCCAAGUGAACUUAUUGAGAAAAUCGAUUGUGAAUCAUGUGAUUUUGAAGCCGAGGAUAAAAAAGAGAAAGAAUGAGUCCUGUCACGCGUUGGAUCUGUAUAGUCGUCGUCCUGGGGCUUAGUGUAAAAACAAAGGCGUCACCAGUAAAUGCCACCAGAGUAAUACCGUGUGAUGAGGCUAAAUUGAAGUGCGUAUACCGAAAAGGAUGUGGCGGUGCUUUGCAGCGGUAUUUAACCAGCUGUGCUGGUAUUUAUCAAGACGGGGAGAACAGAAAUUGUCCUGAGCAAUGUCAGCAAGACCUUAUUUCGCUCACCAGCACAGACGAGGGUAAAGACCUCAUGAACUGUGAAUGUACCAAAGAUGAUUUUAUGUGUAUAGAUUCUAAGCAGAGAGUUGAAGUUUGCAGAGAAUCAAUUAAUAGAGUAAUGAAUAAUACAAGACUUAGUUGUAUAAUAGCCACUGGUAUUUGUAAUGCCGAUACACUUUGUACUACUGCACUACAUUACUACCGAAAAAAUUGUAAACAUAUGUUCAGUGGUAGAAAAUGUUCGCAUCGGUGUAGAAAUUCGUUGGAAAUUCUCCUGCGACAGGAUAAAGCAGCGGAUUUAAAAACAUGUGUGUGUGACGGCCGUGAGGAUUACGACUGUCGUGGCAUACAUCGUAAUAUGCACUUACUAUGUUUUAAUAAAACAGAAGAUGAGUACGCACUUAUAAUACAAGAACAAUAUCCCGAUACAUUCACAAACGAAGUCGGGGAUGUUAAUUCCGGUGAAUCUAUUUACAUUAGAGCGAGUUAUCUUAUUUUAAUUGCUCUCUUAGUCCUUCUAAAAGUUUACUUCUGUUACAGACUGAUGAUUUACUGCAAUGAUAAGAGAAUAAAUAAAAAUCUAAACAGUAUUCCAUACGUGAAUGACCAAAGAUCAUAAAUAUUUUUAAAAAAAACCAUUGGAUAUAUUGUGGGAUGUAACAGAUUAGACGAGGAUAAGUGAAAUAAAAUAAACCCGAUUGCGAUAAUGAAUCUACGCUAUGCGACAUAUUUAAUUUAUAUACUUGGAGAGCUUGGAAACUUGGGUACUAAAGUGGGAGUUUAUGCUCGAAAAUAAACCUAAGGCUUGUCUCUGUGUACAUCAACAACAUGGGAAUGAAACGGAUACGAGUAACGCAAAAGACAUUACAGAAAUAAAACUAAAAUACUAUUUUAUUUUUAAAAAACUCAAUACUGUAAAUUAAGUGUAUGAUAGUCUAUAGGCAACAAUUAAUAUUUGUUUUUAUUUAUAAUAUAUUAAUUAUCGAUGUCGUAUAAUGUGUUUAAGGGUGUGUAAAUAAACGGGUAUAUUAUUAUUA